CAGUUAUGUUUGUCAGUUUGUCUGUUGUAUUAGCCUGUUUGUCAGUUAUGUUUGCCAAUUUGUUAGUUUGUUUAUUAGCUGUUUCCAUGACAACAUGGCCGUUAUUUUCUGUGAAGCACUAGAGGGUGCUAUUUAGUAAUUUAAUAAUUAAUUUUGAUUGCUAUCUGUAUUUAUUUUUCUAGAUUGUUUCAUUUAUAAAAGAAAGAUGAAAUUGUAUAAAAUUCAUAUUAAAGAUGUAUUAUUAAUUAUAACCACUAUACGAUCACAUGUUAGAAAAAAUUUAUUUUUAAGCUUCAUUGUAAUAAUUGUUUGUGCCACAGACAGUUUUGCACUCUUAUGUGAGGACAGGUGGACCAGUAAGGGAGGCUAACAGGAUGUUUUUGUCAACCACUCAUUGCAGAUGACCCCAUGUGACCUCGCAGAUUUUCCAGUUUUGUGUUGUGCUACAGGAGACCAAUAGAUGGCACUGUGUACUUUACUGCAAUUUCACUUAAAGCUACAGUAAAAGAAUCCCCCCCACACACACCAAAAAAGAUAUCCAUGAAAUAAAAUGUAUCUCACUGAAACAAAAACAGACUUCCUAACCUUGUUUUGUUCCACAUAAAUCCAGAAUAUUCCCUUUACCUUGGAUGUAUGACUGUGAUUAGCCUGGAGUCAGCAAAUGAAAGGCCAGUGGUCUUCUAUUAGUGGUCUUGGAUUCCAUUUGUUCAGAGUUAAUUCAGCGGUCAGAGAAGGCACCUUUUGUCUAAAACAGAACCAGGCAAAUUAUAGUCAGGCGCUGCCUGUGAAGAGCUCGAGGGUCUCCUCUGCCUCAUCUCAUAAUUCAAGUCAAACCAUGAUCUAGGCAGCGAGCCGUCCAGAGCUAUAAGAAGCUAUAAGAAGUGGUGCGAUUAUGGAGAGCCGGCAGUGUCUGCUGCUGCUGCUGACUGCAGUUACUUUAAGGCCUUGCCCUGGAGAGCCGAGGGGAAAUGAUGAUGGCGUUGACCCCAUCGGCCUUCUGAGAAAUAUUUAUGGCAGACUGCUGGUGAGGGCCGAGCCGUUCGUCGGGGACUCUGAGCUUAAAGAGCUGAGACGCCCAGCGGACCCUGCAGUCACACAGCAAGCUGAGGGCAGAACCGGCGCUGAUGGGCCGGUGGCGUUUACCAAAAACGGGCAGAUUAAGGGCGUUACUGUGGACAAGGCCCACGUAUUCUACGGGGUGCGCUAUGCAGACCCUCCAGUCGGUGCCUACCGCUGGAAACCCCCGAGACCUGUGAGCCCGUGGUCUGGGGUCUACGAUGCGUCGUUCCCUCGGCCGGCGUGCAUGCAGGUCUGCAGUGGAUCCUCGGAGUGUCCUAAGAAGGUCAGCGAGGACUGCCUCUACCUCAACAUCUUCGUGCCUCUGGAUCUCAACUUCACCUCCCCUCUGUGGCGCCCCCUGCCUGUCAUGGUGUGGAUCCACGGGGGUGACUUCAUAGCCGGCUCGGCCUCCAAGCCCGUGUUUGACGGACGCUUCAUCAGCAACUUCACACGCACGGUGGUUGUGAACGUGGAAUACCGACUAGGGGCGUUUGGAUUCCUGGUGUCGGGUAAAGAUCCACUGUCCUCCGCUACGGGGAAUUACGGCAUCCUGGACCAGCAGGCGGCGCUCUUCUGGGUGCAGCAGAACAUCGCAGCGUUUGGGGGCGACCCUAGCAAGGUCACGGUAUUUGGAGAGAGUGCCGGCGCUCAGUCGGUGAGUCUUCACUUGACGAUCCACAGCAGCAGACCUCUGUUCAAACAGGCCGUCCUGCAGAGUUUGCCCUUUUCCAUCCCACUCAAGAGCAGACACGACGCCCUGAGGCUGGGGAAAGACUUUGCUAAAGAGACCAACUGCUCGGCGAGCGACUUCGUCUGCCUGCUGUCUCUCGCUCCGCAGGCCGUCCUGGCCGCGCAGAUGAAAACAAGCUCUAAGGUCGUGAACCCGUUCAGGUUCCUGGAGGUUUUCGAGACGUGGGGCCCGCACAUCGACGGAGAGCUGAUUAAAGAGCAGGCCAUCACCGCCUUCCAGAAGGGCGACUGGCAAAAAGAGAAGGCGUUGCUGCUCGGAACGACCUCUGAAGAGGCGGUGCUGUUUGUUUACGGCGUCUUCGGCAAGCCAGUGUCCGUUGUGGAGGCCACCGUGUACGUCGCAGCCAUCUUUAAGCAGCACUCUCUGAGGAUCCUACACAAAUACCUGCCGCUCUACAGGGAGGCUGACCGCAGAAACAUGCUAACACAGAUCAUCACCGAUUACGUCUUCCUGUGUCCGUCCAGGAGGUCGGCGCGUGACGGAACAACUGCUGGCAGUCACGUAUGGAUGUACGUGUUUGACCAUGUGGCCUCAGACCGCAGCGUCUGGUCCGGUCUCACAUUCUGCUACGAGCACGUCUGCCACGGGGCGGAGCUGCCCUUUCUCUUCGACUCUGCCCCGGUGGCCAACUACUCCCUGACCCUGCCUGAAAAGCUCCUGUCUAACCGGAUGCUGUGCUACUGGGGGGCUUUCGCACACACUGGUGACCCAUCCUCAAGGGUUGAGCAGACGGUUUUCUGUCGCGAGCAACGUCUUCCCGUUUGGCCACGCUAUUCUGACACCAGUGGCUGGCUCGUCAUGAACCUGACGGUGCGGUUGCAUGCGCAAGUCGGAACCAGAAACCAUAUAUGUGACUUCUGGGACCAGCUGGGCAUCUACUAGCUGGUUCCAGCUGGUUAGAGAGAUUAGGUUGGGUCUCGAUGAACAGCAUUGCCAAGUUUUACAACUUAGGAAAGAAGUCAAGAAACUAAACUUGUUCAAUAAUGAUAUACAAACCUAUUUUAUCGUCUCUGCCGAAGAUUUUGAUAGUGGAAAUCACAUGAACAAGAGAGAAGAACAACACAAAGAACUUCUAGAAAUCUGUACAAAUGAGCAGGGAUGCCAUUUGUGUCAUAAUGUGUGGUGUGCCAUGCUAACUUGACCCUACCAUGCUCAAGUCAACAUACAAUAUGUUAUAAAAUAGUCAAGUAAUUUUAUGCAACGACAGUAGUAACCAUGCAAUGAUUCUUUCUAUGCAAUAAAACAUUGUCAAAAUAAGGCUUGACAAACAAGAAGUUACAGACCUUUAAAAGUAAAAUUAUUACCCAUGGCUUGAGAUCGAGGAAAGUGUUUGUAAACCUUGUCGCCCUAUAAAUAUGCUAAAUAAACAAAACAGAGAACUGCCACUUAUGGUCAAAGAUAAUUUUUUAAUUACUAAUACAAUUAAGGCAUGGGGCAUUUUGAGGACAAUGUUUGGUCAGAACAAAAAUUUUUCAUCUCUGACAACACUGGUAGACAAUCCAGAUCUGACAGUAGAGGGCGCUGGACCUGAUCUCAGGUCUUGGCAAGAGGCUGGCAUUACCAGAAUACACGAUCUAUGGAAUAACGGAAACUUCAAGACAUUUGAGGACUUAAGAACACAAUAUAACAUUGUCUCCAGGGACUUUUAUAAAUAUCUUCAAGUAAGGCACUAUGUUAAGGCCAAAAUGGACUCACUUGAUCUCCCAGGGGAUUAUUGUUUACUUGAAAACAGUAUUCUUGAUUGUCAUAAACGUCGGAGGUUUGUGUCAAGAUUCUAUGCUAAACUACAAGCCCUAAGGAAAGAUAAUAUGAAUAAUUUGAGAUCAACCUGGAACACAACUCUGAAAAGUCCAAUUGAUUCAGAGGCAUGGGAAGACAUUUUGACUCUGCCUUCUAGAAUCUCAGUAUGCAACCAUUACAAAGAAAUGCAGUAUAAUAUUUUACAUAAUGUAUACAUAUCUCCAUAUAUAUAUAUAGCAAGUACACACCAGGAAGUCCUCCAAAUUGUCCCAAAUGUAAAAUAUUUACAGGGACUAGAAUUCACUGUUUAUGGGAGUGUAAAAUUAUAGAGGCAUUCUGGCGAGCAGUAUGUCGAGAAAUUAGCUCUGCUAUAGGACAAACACGUCUCCCUAGUCCAGUCAUGUGUCUCCUUGGGUUCAUACCCAGUCAUCUGGACACUCACAAAGAAACUGUGCAAUUUCUAUUGAUGUUGCCCAGAAAAUCAAUAAUGCUUAAAUAGGUUGGUUCUGAUGCCCCUUCGAUCCAGCUAUGGAAAAAUUUGCUUUCUGAAGUUAUUGUAUUAGAAAGAUUGAGAUAUUGCAUGAAUGGAAAAUUUUAUGCUUUUAAAAAAAGAUGGGAACGUAUUCUUGAAUACUUCAAAAUUUCAAAAAUGAAAAACCAGUAAUGUGAAUCUGAAUGACGUGUAUGUAUAAAUUGGUUAUGUUUCUCAUAUGAAGCUGUAAUGUAUGCAUAUGCCUCCGAUUUUGAUUUUGUCUUGUUUUCUGUAUCUGUGCUGUAUAAGUUUUGCCCUGUUAUUGUUUUUUUUUCCUUUUCUG